AAUGCCAGUGCGGCCGCCUCAGCCAAUUACAGUUCAUGGUCUGGCAACCUGUACCGGCCCUUUUCGGUGUUCAGCGUCCUCACGCUGACCCUGCUGGCCAUGCUGGCAGCCGCCACGUUCGUGUGGAAUGCCCUGGUGCUCGCCACCAUCCUGAGGGUGCGCACCUUCCACCGCGUCCCUCACAACCUGGUGGCCUCUAUGGCCAUGUCCGACGUGAUGGUGGCCGUGCUGGUCAUGCCACUCAGCUUGGUGCACGAGCUAAACGGAAGACGCUGGAAGCUGGGCCGGGCCCUCUGCCAGCUCUGGGUCUCCUUCGACGUCCUCUGCUGCACGGCCAGCAUCUGGAAUGUGACCGCCAUCGCCCUGGACCGCUAUUGGUCCAUCACCCGGCACCUAGAAUACACCCUGAAGACCAGGAAGAGGAUCUCGAAUGUGAUGAUCGCCCUCACCUGGCUCCUGUCGGCGGUCAUCUCCCUGUCGCCGCUCUUCGGCUGGGGCGAGACCUACUCGGAGGACCGGAUGGGUUGCCAAGUCAGCAGGGAAGCCUCGUACACCAUAUUCUCCACUGUCGGAGCCUUUUACCUGCCUCUCUGCGUCGUGCUGUUCGUUUACUGGAAGAUAUACCGGGCCGCCAGGUUCCGAAUUGGAUCCCACAAGACCAACACCAUCACCCCAAUGGCAGACGUGGUGGAGGUGAAAGAGGCAUCCCGUCAACCCCAGCUAGCAUUCCGUACACGGCACGCCACGGUGACCUUCCAGGCGGACGGGGACUCGUGGCGGGAGCAGAAGGAGCGACGUGCCGCGCUGAUGGUGGGCAUCCUGAUCGGGGUGUUCGUGCUUUGCUGGAUUCCCUUCUUCACGGCAGAGCUAGCCCAGCCGCUGUGCUCCUGCGACAUGCCCCCGCUCUGGAAGAGCGUCUUCCUCUGGCUCGGCUACUCGAACUCCUUCUUCAACCCGCUCAUCUACACCGCCUUCAACAAGAACUACAACAACGCUUUCCGGAACCUGUUCAGCCGGCAGCGUUGACACCUGUCCUGUUUGGAGCUCAGGGGGUCCAUUGUGCAGAUUCUGAAAGGUCCAAUGUACUCCCAUUCUGCCCAAAAAGUACAGCUCCCUAAAGGCAGGCUGCUUUGACUAAAGCCUCCUGUUGCUUAACACUAAACACACGUGAAACCGCAGAGAGAUAAAUCUGUCGGCACUCGGGAAGCCGAGCCGACGAUCCAGAAGCUGAUCGUUGUCCAUGUCUGACGUCUGUCUUCCUCCGUCACACACUGGCUCACAAAUAGAAUUUUCCAUUAACCAGGGAGUAGUUGUGCUGAGAGUGGGGUUCGGGGGUAGGAGCGGGGAUGAGCUCUCGCUCGGAGUAUCAAGCAGAUCUCCUUCUGGAAGCUUCCUCCAGAUGCUGGGGUGGAGACUUGGCACACGGAUAUGCUCUGCUGCACCUUGGGACUCUUGGACUCAAGUUUGAUGACCUAGUCCUGAUGUUCUCCAAAAUAUGACACUAAACAGCUGAUCGAACAGACACUCAUGUGCUCAUUAUGUACCGCAGUCUGUACGCUCUGAAAAUUCCCAGCGAGCGUUUAUUCAUCUGCUCCUCUUUCCAUCUUCGAAAAAAAGAAAAUGUGAUCUUCUCCAUUCUCUAGCGCUUGUCAGCUACAGGAAGGCAAAGAGAUUUAGGAGCCAGACUAUGAAAGCUAGUAGUGGAUCAGUUGUCAUGGUUAGAUUUGAUAUUUACAGACACAAUUUAGGUUCAUAGCUGGUUAAAAUAUAUACAUAUAUGUGGUCUAUGUAUCCUGGAUUAAGAAUGUCUGUUAAGAUGUAGCGAAACAUGUAAACGUGAAGGGAAUGCUUGUCUCUUAAUGACAGGUGAGGAGUGCUUGUCAGUACAGUGGCAAAAGGCUUGUUGUCAACACCAGAUUUGUGCUGCAAGUCACACACAUCUAGGUUCAAAGUAUGAAAGUGCCGUCUGUAGGACAGGAGUUCGGAAGAGUGGAUGUUAUUACCUCACAGAGGAUUUGAGUUCUUAAGCCACAUCCUGCCACCCAAGGCAGGGAAAUG